AUGAGGACACUGGUUGGACCAGGGCUGCUGUUACUUCUAUGGCAGAGUGUUUGGGCUUUAGACAUUCCUCUAGAAGUCAGACAACCCCCAACUAUCAUAAAGCAGUCAAUGCAGGAGCACAUUGUUGACCCUAAAGAAACCAUGGUCAUAGAAUGUGAAGCCAAAGGCAACCCUCAUCCUAUUUUCUCAUGGAGACGUAAUGGGAAGUAUUUCAAUGUGGCCCGUGACUCCCAGGUAUCAAUGCGCAGGCGCUCAGGGACUCUAGACAUCUACGCCCGGAACAAUCCAGAGAAAUACGAGGCAGAGUAUCAGUGCAUCGCUUCCAAUGAAUAUGGAUCUGCAUACACCCACAAGAUCAGACUACAUUUAUACAGAGCUCCUGUGUGGCCACGGGAGAUUCUGGAGCCUGUAGUGGUCAGUGCUGGUCUGCCUCUGGUCCUGUCCUGUGACCCUCCACCAGGCCCACCAAAACCUGAAACCUACUGGAUGUCCAGUUGUUCCUAUGCAAGACCUUUCAACUGGCCCAUUCAGACAGCUUUCCCCACCAUGCAGCCAGUACGGCAGGACCGCAGGGUUUCCAUGGGAGUCAGUGGAGAUCUGUAUUUCUCUAAUGUGCUGGUUAAUGACUCUACUGCUGAUUACUGCUGUAAUGCUCGCUUCCCCUAUAAGAAUGUCAUUCAGCAGAAGAUGCCUGUGGUUGUUAAGGUGCUUACAACACGCACCGUGGCUGAAGCUGCCCCCACCUGGCUGUCCCCUAAAGGCUCAUCAAGCUCUGCCAUGGUACUACAAGGAGAAGAAUUGUUCCUCGAGUGCAUAGCUGCAGGAUUGCCAACUCCUCAUAUAACCUGGACUAAGAAUGGAGAGGAACUACCAGUUACACCCCGCUUAAAAGUAAAACACUUCAACAAAAUGAUUCAGAUCUCAAAGGCAUCAUUUGAAGAUGUGGGAGAAUACACCUGUGCUGCCACUAACAAGAUAGGUUACAUUGAGCACACCAUAAUUGUCAAGGUUAAAGCGGCUCCUUUCUGGUUGGAAAAGCCCACUGAUUUGAUAUUGGCCCCUGAGGAAAAUGGGCGGCUGGUUUGUCGUUCAGAUGGGGCCCCUCGUCCCACAAUCAGCUGGUUCAUUAACGGGGAGUCAAUUGAGACUGCUUCGCCGCAGCCAAACAGACAGAUAUCUGGAGAAAUGAUAACUUUCCGUACUGUGUCAUCUGAAAACACUGCUGUCUACCAGUGCAACGCCUCCAAUCAGUACGGCUACCUACUGGCCAAUGCAUUUGUCAACGUGUUACAUGCAACUCCACGUAUUCUCGGGCCCAGGAAUGAACACAUCAAGGUGACGGAGGGGAGCCACACCUUUUUAGAGUGCCGUUACUUUGGCUCUCCGGUGCCUGAAUUGCGAUGGUCUAAAUACGGACAAGGAACCCUUGAGGGAAAUCGAUUUAAGACCCACGGUAAUGGGACUUUGGAGAUCAAGCGCAUACGGAUGGAAGACGAGGGAACUUACCUAUGUGUAAUCAGCAACAUCGCAGGAAGAGAUGAAGACCAAGUUCGAGUAGAGGUCAAAGAGCCCAUAAUGAUUGUCACAAGGCCACAGAGUAUGAAGGUCAUGCGUGGAAGUGACGUUCGCCUCGAGUGUGGCAUAAAAGCAGAUGCUACUACUCCUGUCAUGACUUCAUGGAUGAAAAACAAAAUGGAAGUCACUCUUAAUUGGAGAGUCUCUUUGGAUGAAUCCAACCUGGUCAUUACUAAUGUGAACAGAGGUGAUGAAGGCAAUUAUACGUGUGUUGUUAAGAAUGAGCUGGAACAGAAGUCUGCCUCAGCACACCUGAUGGUGAUGGACCGUCCAAACCCUCCUACUGAUUUGGAGUUAUCAGAUCCAUAUGAACGUACUGUACGGCUCAGUUGGGUUCCUGGAGACAGUAACCACAACCCCAUAACAGAGUACUUAGUGCAGUACGAUGAUGAUGACUGGUUACCUGGAAAGUGGAAAAACCUGUCGACAUACCCAGGGAACCUCAAUUCAGUCAUUCUGCAUCUUCAGCCUUUCACCUACUACGAGUUUAGAGUCAUCGCUAUUAACCAAAUUGGAACAAGUCGCCCCAGUCGUCCAUCUAAACGCUUCCAGACCAGCGGUGCACCCCCAGAUGUCAUACCAAAGAAUGUGAAAGGUGUGGGUACAUGGAGAAACAACAUGGAAAUCAGCUGGGAGCCUUUGACCUAUAGAGAGUGGAACGGACCACACCUAAAAUAUCUGGUGUGGUGGAGAAGGAGAGACUCCAGAGAAGAGUGGAAAAAUGCAACCACAAAGUGGCUGAAAUAUUAUAUCUAUGAUGCCGAUACCUUCACUCCUUAUGAGAUCAAAGUCCAGGCUGUCAAUGACUUUGGGCUGGGACCAGAGUCGCCUGUGGUCGUUGGCUAUUCUGGUGAAGACCGUCCAAUUUCUGCCCCCUUGAACCUGAGAGUGUCCAUCAUAGAGAGCACUCAGGUUACAAUACACUGGGACUCAGUGGGACGUGAAUCGAUCAUGGGAGAACUGAAAGAAUACAAGGUAUACUACUGGAGGGACAGCAGCCAGCUGAGGUGGCUGUGGGUUAAUAGAGGUGUGAAGUCUAAGGUGUUUCCAGACAAUGACCCAGAACCCUCAGGUGUUGUUACUGGGAUCAUGCCAUAUAGUAACUAUAAGAUGUACAUAGUGGUGGCAAACAGCCGGUAUGAAGGUCCGCCAAGUAAUCACAUCCACUUCUCUACACCAGAAGGAGUACCAUCUGCUCCCAAAUCAUUUAGGAUCCAACAACGACAUCUGGACAGUAUUUAUGUGGACUGGGACGUGCCAGAAGAGCCCAACGGUAUCAUCACAGGAUAUAUCCUAAAGCACCAGACUGUGAAUGCAAGCCGGGGAGAAGAGCUCAGGGUGGAGGAGUUCCCGCCUAAUGUGACGAGUUUCUCAGUCCGGCGAUUUGACCGCUACACUCGUUAUAGGUUCUCUGUGGCCGCACGAACUCGGAUCGGAAUAGGAGAAUGGCAUACGGAGGAGUCCCCUCAUUACACCACAGAAAUAUACGCUCAGGACCAGGUGGACAUUACCACUCAGGGGUGGUUCAUUGGGAUAAUGUGCGCUGUGGCACUUAUUGUGCUCAUCCUUCUUACAGUCUGUUUCAUCAAGAGGAGCAGAGGGGGCAAAUAUCCAGUUCGGGAGAAAAAGGACAUUUCAUUGGAGCCAGUAGAUGACAAAGAUCAAGAGGGAUCAUUUGAUUAUCGGUCCCUUGAAAGGAUUGCACGUAUCCCCACUCUGCCCUAUCCUCGGAGAGAGGAGGAAAAGGGCCUUCAAAGAGCUCAGUCAUCUGUGGAAGCAAUAAUAAAGCGCUCCGACAGUGAUGACAGUCUGGUGGAGUAUGGAGAAGGGGGGGAAAUCCCAUUCAACGAGGACGGCUCCUUCAUCGGACAGUACACGGGAACCAGGAGGGAUGUCAGGGAGCUGGACUUUGGUGGAAGUCUGGAGCUCCACUCGCCAAUGAAUACGAUCUACUCUCUGGCAUAAAACAAGAAAGAUUU